CUAUGGUAUCAUCCAGAAGGCUGGUUUGCCGUUUGCUCUUACAGCCGACAGCGUUUGUGAGAGGCGCAGUGGGUAGAGUUAGAUACGUUAGCUAGGAGAACAUUGAGUGGAAUAUCUAAAGUUCUUUGAGGCACAUUUGCAAAUUUUUCACAGUUCAGAUAAGAUUGAGUGUUGUACUGUGACGAAUUGUCAAGGAAGUGCAAUAAUGGAACCUCCGGCGGAGAAGUCGGUUCCACCCCCGACGUUUACGCCUGUCAUUCUUUCAGACAGCCCUGUGAAAUCAACACCUCAGAAAGGGAACCUGACAGGAAAUGCAAGAGUCAUUCGGGACCUGGUUGCAGACAUGUACAACUGGGUACAAGCUUGGAAUAGACAUCAUAAGGAUGGUUACAAGAUCUUGAAGAGCAUUGCAGAUUUGAAAAUUCCUGCAUUGAAGGAGAGCCAUGUGCGCAACUGUGAGCCAGUUUAUCCAGAUGGCCUGCAGCCCUUAAUUGAUGAUCUGACAAAAGUUUGUGACAUGUUGGAUGCAACUUUGACUGGAAUGAGAGAGGUGGCACAGAAGAUGGAUGCUGUUGUUAGCCUGGAGAAAUUGCAUAACGAAGAUAAUACUCCAUUGUUCUUGACAUGGGAUGCUGAUAAGUUUGGUGAGUCAUGCCACCAGAUAUGUACAGCAUUCAACCGUGAACUGGAAGUAAAACAGGAUGUGAUGUCUGAGAUUUCACACUGUGAGAGCGAACCUGAACUUAUGUUGCAUCUGGCAGCCUGGGUGUACCAGCCACAUGUAACUAGCAUUGAUGAUAGAGUCCUGGAAGCAUUACUUGUAGAGACAGGGCAUAAAUAAGCAUGUAUCCCUCUGUACACUCCAUUUGCAUUCCAGGGGGAUUUCCCAAUUGUACCCAAGUUACUGAUAGUCACCCUUUUUUUCUCUCUAUCUCCAGAAAGUAGCAUACCUUUGCAAAAGCUGAUGAUUCAAAGUAGAUACCUGUAGUUACCAUCACCUCACUAACUGUAAAGUCACAAAGAAAACAAGCUAAGGAACACUUCUGUAACAGAAAACAAAUUGUUACAUUGCCAAAUAAAUUCUGAACUGAA